AUGGUGCAUCGGCCAGUCUGGCCGGACGUGGACUUGGACGUGGACAUGGACGUGGACGUGGACGUGGACGUGGACGUGGACAUGGACAUGGACAUGGACGUGGACGUGGAGGUGGACGUGGACGUGGACGUGGACGUGGACGUGGACGUGGACAUGGACGUGGACGUGGACGUGGACGUGGACAUGGACGUGGACGUGGACAUGGACGUGGACGUGGACGUGGACGUGGACGUGGACAUGGACGUGGACGUGCACGUGGACGUGGACGUGGACGUGGACGUGGACGUGGACGUGGACGUGGACGUGGACAUGGACGUGGACGUGGACGUGGACGUGGACGUGGACGUGGACAUGGACGUGGACAUGGACGUGGACAUGGACGUGGACAUGGACGUGGACAUGGACGUGGACAUGGACGUGGACAUGGACGUGGACAUGGACGUGGACGUGGACAUGGACGUGCACGUGGACGUGGACAUGGACGUGGACGUGGACGUGGACAUGGACGUGGACAUGGACCUGGACAUGGACAUGGACGUGGACCUGGACAUGGACGUGGACGUGGACGUGGACGUGGACAUGGACGUGGACAUAGACGUGGAGGUGGACGUGGACGUGGACAUGGACGUGGACGUGGACGUGGACAUGGACGUGGACAUGGACGUGGACCUGGACGUGGACAUGGACGUGGACGUGGACAUGGACAUGGACGUCGAGGUGGACGUGGACAUGGACAUGGACGUGGAGGUGGACAUGGACAUGGACGUGGAGGUGGACAUGGACGUGGACGUGGACGUGGACAUGGACGGGGACGUGGACGUGGACGUGGACAUGGACAUGGACGUGGACGUGGAGGUGGACAUGGACGUGGACGUGGAGGUGGACAUGGACAUGGACGUGGAGGUGGACCUGAUCGUGGACGUGGACGUGGACGUGGACGUGGACGUGGACGUGGACGUGGACGUGGACGUGGACGUGGACGUGGACGUGACGUGGACGUGGACGUAG